AUGGCUGGGAGUAAAGCAGGACAGAAGCGCAAAGCUUCUAUCGUUGAGGCGGAAGCCGAUGCCGCCCUCCAUUCUGACGACGAGUUCGGCGACGGCCUGCUCGAGGGCGUCUUGGACGACGAUUCCGAGGAGGGGAGCAGCGACGAGGGCGACGACGAUGAGGACCUUGACGAUGACGACGAAGCUGCCCUAGAAAGCGAUGACAUUCCGUCGGACGAGGAGGAGGAGCUGGACGAGAAAGCCGCCAUAAUCAACGGCAAUGGAGUCGAGGAAAACGAGGGUCCCAAGUACAGAAUUGAGACCGACGCCAACGGAGGAACUCGGUUCGUCUACGAGGACAUUGAUCCUGUGUACGACUCAGACGACUCCGAUGCGCAAGAACCCGCCAACACCAUUGGGAAUAUCCCGCUGUCCUUCUACGACUCGUACCCGCACAUCGGCUAUGACAUCAACGGCAAGCGCAUCAUGCGCCCUGCAAGGGGCGAGGCGCUAGACGCCUUGUUGGACAGCAUUGAGGUGCCUAAGGGCUGGACUGGUCUUACGGAUCCUCAGACUGGAAAACCCCUGAACUUGAGCCAGGACGAGCUCGAGUUGCUGCGUCGCGUCCAGAUGAACGAAGUUCCUGAGGAGGGCUACGAUCAAUAUCCGGAUACUGUCGAAUGGUUUACCAGCCAUGAGGAGACGAUGCCGCUCAGUGCAGCUCCCGAGCCCAAGCGUCGCUUCCUGCCUUCCAAGCACGAGCAAAAACGGAUCAUGAAGAUAGUCAAGGCCAUCCGUGAAGGACGUAUUCUCCCCUACAAGCCACCGGAGGAACGGAAAGAUGAGGAGGAGGAGGAUGAACCAAUCUUCGACAUUUGGGCUGAUGAACAACCCCAGCCACCGAAUGUCAUGCACAUUCCUGCGCCGAAGCUGGCACCCCCUGGCUACGAUCUCUCGUACAACCCACCUCCAGAGUACCUUCCAUCCAAGGACGAGAAGAAGGCCUGGGAAGAGGCUGAUCCAGAGGAGCGAGAGAAGGAGUACCUUCCUCAGAAAUACGACGCUCUGCGACGGGUUCCCGGAUACGAUCAAUUUGUCAAGGAACGCUUCGAAAGAUGUUUGGAUCUCUACCUGGCACCCAGAGUGCGCAAGAACAGGCUCAACAUCGACCCGUCAUCACUGCUUCCGAAGUUGCCCCGUCCAGAGGAGCUCAAACCAUUCCCUACUGUUACAUCAGUCGAAUUCUCAGGGCACCAGGGUCGUGUUCGGUCGGUUGCCAUCGAUCCAACUGGUAUAUUCGUUGCCAGCGGUGGAGACGAUGGAACUGUGCGAGUGUAUGAGCUCGAGACAGGUCACCAGCUUGAUAGCAUCAAACUAAGCAGCGAUGAACCCGUCGACGUGGUGAGGUGGCGCCCAGGAAAGGAUGCGUUCAUUCUCUCGGCUGCUGUUGCCGAGGAAAUCUACUUCAUCAUCCCUCCCCAUGCAAACCCAGAACUCCACCAAGCCAGCCGAGACAUUCUCGAUACUGGCUUUGGCUACGCCACAAAUGGCAAGCAGCUCACUACCGCAAGCGGUGCCAGGAAGGACCCACCCGGGAAAUGGGCACGCCCAGGAGCUCGCUUAGAGGAUCAGGGUGUGUUAUUGAAGGCCACUGUGAGAUCUCCGAUCAAGGUCAUCCAUUGGCACAGACGCGGUGACUUCUUUACCACAGUCUCCCCUACCGGACAAAGGAGCGCUGUCGCUAUCCACACUCUUUCAAAACACCUAACCCAAAUACCCUUCCGCAAACUCCCAGGACUGCCACAAACAGCUCAAUUCCACCCUUCGCGUCCGCUCUUCUUCGUCGCCACCCAGCGCUCUAUUCGCUGCUACGACCUUCAACGGCAAGAACUGGUCAAAGCUCUCCAGCCAGGAGCACGGUGGAUUUCGUCGUUUGAUAUACAUCCUGGUGGCGAUAACUUGGUCGUGGGUUCGUAUGACCGAAGACUUCUUUGGCAUGACCUGGAACUGUCAACUCGUCCUUACAAGACGUUGCGAUUCCACGAGAAGGGUAUCCGGGCAGUGAAAUAUCACCGCAGCUAUCCCCUCUUUGCAGAUGCCAGUGAUGAUGGUACCCUGCAGAUCUUCCAUGGAAAGGUUGUCAACGACCUCAUGGAAGACCCGACCAUCGUGCCCGUGAAGAGUCUGAAGGGUCACAAGGUUGUCAACCAGCUAGGUGUUAUGGAUGUUGAUUGGCACCCGACGCACCCCUGGCUAGUCAGCGCCGGAUCUGACGGGACGUGUCGCUUAUGGACAUAA